CUUCUCCUCGGACCACCAGCCACACUGACCAGAGAGAGCUUGGAGUGUGAGUGAGGGAGAGUGAGAGUGAUCGGGAGGGAGAGCGAGAGGAUGGGUGGCAAGGCAGCUCUGCUGCUGGCCCUGGUGGCCGUGAGCCUGGCCGUCGAGAUCCACGCCGACGCCGGCUACGGCUACGGCGGCGGCUACGGGCCGACGCCCACGCCGGCGACCCCGACCCCGAAGCCGGAGAAGCCACCCAAGGGCGGCAAGCCGCCCAAGGAGCACGGCCCCAAGCCUGAGAAGCCACCCAAGGGCGAGAAGCCGCCCAAGGAGCACAAGCCUCCCAGCUACACCCCGAGCCCGAAGCCGACGCCGCCCACGUACACUCCCACUCCCAAGCCCGCUCCGCCGACGCCCAAGCCCACGCCGCCCACCUACACUCCCACGCCCAAGCCCACGCCGCCGACGUACACCCCGACGCCCAAGCCGCCGGCGACCAAGCCGCCGACGCCCAAGCCAACACCGCCGACGUACACUCCCUCGCCCAAGCCCACGCCGCCGACGUACACUCCGACGCCCAAGCCGCCGGCGACCAAGCCGCCGACCUACACCCCGACGCCCAAGCCCACUCCGCCGACCUACGCCCCAAAGCCGAAGCCGCCGACCAAGCCGCCUACCUACACCCCCACGCCCAAGCCCACUCCCCCGACCUACACGCCGUCGCCGAAGCCGAAGCCCACGCCGCCAACCUAUACCCCGUCGCCGAAGCCGAAGCCGACCCCCACCCCCACCCCCAAGCCGACACCUCCGACCUACACCCCGUCGCCGAAGCCGAAGCCGACGCCCACCCCAACCCCCAAGCCGACUCCUCCGACCUACACGCCGACCCCCAAGCCGACGCCGCCGACCUACAAGCCUGCUCCCAAGCCGACGCCGCCGACCUACAAGCCGGCUCCCAAACCGACGCCGCCGGUGUCCUACACCCCCAGCCCGCCGCCGCCCUACUACAAGUGACAUCUCUGCUGCUCAGCUGUGUCGAGCUCGGAGCAUAGGACGAAGGUGAUGGAAGAGUUUGUGCCAGCCAGCCGGCCAAGAGAGAUGAGCUGAAGAUGAGAGGCCUUCCCUGAUCCUCCUCUUACGUUCGCUGCCGUCCAUCUAUCCUAGCUAGAGAGGAGAGAAUAAUGCAAGCAGAGCUCUGCAGCACCAUCUGUUUUGUGUUGUCUGUUUAAUUCGUGUUCGUCGCCAGUGUCGUCUGUCUUAAUUAGCAGCCGUAUUGUGUGUGGGUAAUGGUAUUGCUACUAUUGGUGUCAUCAGGAGGAGGUUUACUGUGAAAGUAAAACCAAUAACCAUGUAAAUGCAAGUGAAAGCUAGUAUGUUUACUGUGUUCUCCUGCUCCGUUCA